AUGGCAGAGCAAAUUAUAAAUCUAAUUAAGAAGCAAGCUGAUGAAUAAGGAUAAUUAGAAGAAUUAGAUAUCUCAGAGAUUAAAAUAGAUUAAUUUACAACAGAGAUUACAGAAAAUUUAAAAAAACAUUAAAAAUUACAAAACUUAGCUAUUAUUAGUUGUGGACUCAAGACAUUAAAAGGAUUACCUAGUAUGGAUUCAUUAGAAGUGUUGAUUUUGGAAGGUAAUCAAUUAGAUGGAAGCGCAUUAAAAUAUAUAUGUGAGAAUUUUAAAAAUUUAAUCUGCUUAUCUUUAGCAGGUAACUAAAUCAAAUCUUUAGAAGUAUAAAUUUAGAUAUAUUAUAGGAAUUGUAAAUACUAAAAAAUUUAUCUUCCUUAUAUCAAUUAGAUUUAUCUGAUAAUGAAGUGGAAUUACAAGCUGGAUAUCAUUUAAAAAUAUUUGAAAUGCUACCUAAUUUGCAAGUAUUAGACAAUAAAAAUAAAGAUGGAAAGGAGAUUGAAUACUCUGAUGUAAAAUAAUUAUUUAUCAUAGGAAGAUAAUGAUGAAGAGGAAGGUAUUGGAAGUGAUUCUGAAUUCAAUGAUGAUGAAGAGGAUGAUGAAGAAGAAAGUGAAGAUGAAUCUCCUAAGCCAUAAAAGAAAACAAAAAAAUGAU